UGCAUUUAUAAGACUGGCUGUGAAAGAGAAUUUUAGUCACCACCCAGUCCUAGAAGAGCUAAGUGCACAAUUUACGCAUAGUGAACAUGACCAAGCUUGGAAUACACGUUCUAUUUUUGUUGGCUGUCACAAUGGCUUUAGUCUCGGCGAUGCCGUAUCCCGGCGGUGGUGAACAUGAACACACUCACUUCAUCAUUCACGUGCCGCAUCACAUUCACAAGCAUCAUCAUACACACGUGAAGAAGAUUUACAUACCGGUUAAAUCACACCAUGAGCACCAUACACACGAAGAAGACGGCUGGUAAAUAUUUUCAGGCUCACGACUCUCUUGUGAUUAAAGAACUUGUCUCGACGAAGUUAUUUAAUCUUAUAAAUCAUCUGAUGACACCUGAUGAUGAUAAUUUGUCUGUUAGUGACUUACGCUGUUAAUUGCAAAAUAAAAUACAUUUAUAGAUUAA